CUGCGAGUCAUUCAGACAACCUGCCAGAGGACAACAGCUUCAACCAACUUUUAAACCUGAACAGACAUCAUGAAUAUGAUUGUCUUCUUUCUUCUGGCCGUGCAAAUGCACAGUGUGCUGUCAGUGAAUUACACUCUGUGGCAUAUCCAACUGGUGGACAUUCGAGAUUUAAAGCUCUACAAGUAUUAUGACGAUGGUGCUCUGAAUGGCCAAGAGAUUUACUCCUACAGCAGCAAGAGCAGAAAAGUAGAACCGGUACAGGACUGGAUGAGAAAGAUCACAGCAGAAGAUCCUCAGUACUGGCAGAGAGAGACCAAGAAGUCUGUUGCUCGUGAGCAGUUCCUCACAAACAGAUUUGAAACUCAUUUGAAGGAUUUCAAUCAAACUGAAGGUUUUCACUUAGCCGUGUGGAGUUCUGCAUGUAACUGGAAUGAUGAGACUGAUGAGGUCACAGGUUGGUAUGAUGAAGACGUGGGAUUUACAGAAAACAUGCCAAUGAGGACAUGGACCGCAGCAAAAGAUCAAGGGAUCACAUCAAACUGAUCUGGGACAAUAACAAAGCUCCCCCGGACACCUUCAAGUUCAACACUGAGGAGUGUCCUUCUUACUUGAAGAUGUUUGUGAGCAUCUUAACGAGAACAGAGCUUCCAAAGGUGUCCCUACUCCAGGAGACACCAUCUUCUCUGGUCAGCUGCAACGCAACAGGUUUCUACCCCGACAAAGCCGUCAUGUUUUGGAGGAAAGACGGCGAGAAGCUGCACGAGGGCGUGGAGCACGGAGAAAUGCUCCAAGACGGAACCUUCCAGAUGUCUGUGGACUUGAACGUGACGGCCGACAUGAAGGGCAAGUACGAAUGUGUGUUUCAGCUGACUGGCGUCAAGGAGGACAUCGUCACCAAGCUGGAGAGCAGAAGCAUCCUGAGCAACGCGAGCGGUGAAGACCUCAAUACAACCAUCUCUGGUAAUAACAGCCAAGCGACCUCACGGCCUACCACCAUCACUAUCAGACCAACAACCAACGGUACUUCUUCCAAUGGCAACCAAACUACUACCUGGCCCAACACAACCAUUGAAGCGACCGCCCGACCCAGUCUCAACACAACCAUUGAAGCGACCGCCCAACCCAGUCUCAACACAACCAUUGAAGCGACCGCCCGACCCAGUCUCAACACAACCAUUGAAGCGACCGCCCGACCCAGUCUCAACACAACCAUUGAAGCGACCGCCCGACCCAGUCUCAACACAACCAUUGAAGCGACCGCCCGACCCAGUCUCAACACAACCAUUGAAGCGACCGCCCGACCCAGUCUCAACACAACCAUUGAAGCGACCGCCCGACCCAGUCUCAACACAACCAUUGAAGCGACCGCCCGACCCAGUCUCAACAACUCGGAACCCACCCCGCCAACUCCUGGUCACAAAAACUUGAGCAUCAAGGUCGCUGUUGUCACGGUGGGGGUCGUUGCUGGGGCGGUCCUCCUGUCGGCCAUCAUCUUUGGGAUUGUCAAGCGUUACAGACGCACUCACAGUAUCUACUGGGACACAAUGACCGUAAGGUUUACUCGGUCUGAGUCUGAGUGAGACACAGCAGCUGGCACACAGAACACAAAGAUGUCUCCAUCGCUGAGGGACAUCGUCUCACAUGGAGAUGAGAUGGAGAUGUUCUUUGUUCUUCAUGAUACAUAUACCUUAUACUCAUAUUUUACUGUUACAUCAUGCAAUUUCUUUCCUGGGUACUUAAAAAAUGGAGAUGAGAUGAGAUGAGAUGGAGAUGAGAUGGAGAUGUUCUUUGUUCAUGAUACAUAUACCUUAUACUCAUAUUUUACUGUUACAUCAUGCAAUGUCUUUUCUGGGUACUUAAAAAAUGGAGAUGAGAUGGAGAUGAGAUGGAGAUGUUCUUUGUUCUUCAUGAUACAUAUACCUUAUACUCAUAUUUUACUGUUACAUCAUGCAAUGUCUUUUCUGGGUACUUAAAAAACCUGUUAUGAUCAUAUCAUGUUUUUUCGUUUCAGAUUGAUUUAGAACCUUUAUUUAACCAGAUAAGAAAACCCAUUGAGAUCAAGAUCUCUUUCACAAGGGUGACCUGGCCAAGAGGUCAACAGCACAUGUCACAGAGCAGUUUCAAAAUAAAUACAUUAAGACAUACAUUUUAAAAUACAUAAGAGAACUGUAAAACAACAGAGAUUUACAAUUUAGGUCCUAAUGUGCAUGUUGCUUUAAAUGCAAACUAAUAGUAGUGGAAUCGCCACUAUUUAUUGAUGAUAAUCACAUAGUGUCACAUUUCUUUCAAUAAAUUAAUUCCUUCAUUCCGGCUCCAGAAGGAGGAAUAGCCAGAAAGUGAUGUUGAGAGAAAAAUACAAGAAGAGAACAAGAUAAAGAUUGAAGUUUUCACAGCACAAACUGAAAGCCAACUAAGAUGAAAACUGAAAUAUAAGUUAAACAUAGUAUAUUUUUUUUAACAGAUAUUACUUUAAAUUAAUUACAAUAUUGAUAUGCCAAAAAAUGGAUUUGUCAAAAUUGAAGUCGAAUGUUCUAUUGGCAAACACACAUUCAAAGCAGUACCAUUCCAGUGUGACCACAGUGUUGUCUCUUGAUUGGUAGUUAAGUCAUUUCAUGGUUUUACCUUCGACCAGUAACCUUUAACAGUUAACGUUUUUUACCCGAGUGUUAAAAAGUGAGAUGUCUGCAUUAUCGUCACAUUUAAGAUGUUUUAUUUUUGGACUGGUAAGCUUUCUUAAAGAGAACUGCACUUUUUUGGGAUUUUGCCUAUCGUUCACAACCCUUAUGAAAGACAUGACAUUCGGGCAGAAGGCGGGGUACACCCUGGACAAGUCGCCACCUCAUCGCAGGGCCAACACAAAUAGACAACAUUCACACUCACAUUCACACACUAGGGACCAUUUAGUGUUGCCAAUCAACCUAUCCUCAGGUGCAUGUCUUUGGAGGUGGGAGGAAGCCGGAGUACCCGGAGGGAACCCACGCAGUCACGGGGCGAACAUGCAAACUCCACACAGAAAGACCCCGAGCCUGGGGAUCGAACCUAGGACCUUCGUAUUGUGAGGCACAUGCACUACCCUGUUCCACCGUGCUGCUCCAUUUACAUUUCGUGACUUGAAAAUUAACCAAAUAUUAGUGACAUUGGUAUUAUAACGCAGACAAACUAUUUAUUGAUCACAAGAUUGUGUGUAAUGUUGACAUGAUCGACUGAUCAGCUGCUUCCUCGUUUUCUUGCUCGUCAAACUUUAUUGUAGAUCAUAAAUCAUGCUUCUCACCUGGAUAAAAUAAGGCUGAGGAUGGUACACUAUUUUAGACCAGGAAAUGGCAAGAACGACACAAAAAGACGCUUGGUUUCCCCCACCUUUUCUUUGGGAAGACUAUGAGUCAUUCUUCUUCUAACUCUAUAAUCUCUCUAAUCUAACUAGCCUCCAUUGUAAGCGGACUUUUGAUCGCAUGUAUUUAAUAUUUAGCAUGCAUAAAAAUACAUCUGUCAUGUCUUUCAUGAUUGCGAAUGAUAGGCAAAAUUCCGGAAAAAAUGUGCAGUUUCCCUUAAAACUUGUAUGAACAAUCUUGAAAUGACAUGUUAAAUGUUAAUGUCUGUACCAUUAUUAAAGAUUUUUUGAUUGCAA